CACGUGCUGGAGCUGCACGCGCAUUUGGCGUCGCUCAGGUUGAGGCCCAGGAGUUGGUUCAUGUCGCCCCCACGGCGUCCUCCGGAUGUGUUGGACUGCAGCUCCCAUCACCCGCAGCUCCUCUGGCCACCAAGUGGAGAAAGCGUGCCGGAAGGGAGCAGAUCCGCUCGCAAUGCGGUGCUGGAGGAGUGCUGGGCGAGUGCCCUGGGCACGCGGUGGCCUGGCCCGUGAGCCCGGAGAGAGCCAGGCCAGCAUCUGCCCUGGAAGGGAGAAGAAGUGGGUGACGGUGGGAGACACUUCCCUGCGGAUAUUCAAAUGGGUCCCUGUGGCCGACAGCAAAGAGAAGGAGAAGUCGAAAUCCAGCGGGGCUGCUGCCCGGGAGCCGAAUGGCUUUCCAGCUGACGCGGCAGCCAACUCAUCCCUCCUCUUGGAGUUCCAAGAUGAGAACAGCAACCAGAGCUCCCUCUCGGACACCUACCAGCUCAAGGCGGACAGCAGCGCUGCCUCCAGCCCCAGCCCACAGCAGAGCGAGUCCUUGAGCCCCAGCCACACCUCUGACUUCCGCACGGAUGACUCCCAGCCGCCCACCCUGGGCCAGGAGCCCUUGGAAGAGCCUGCCCUGCCGCCCUCCGAAGUUGCCGACGAGCCUCCAACCCUCACCAAGGAGGAGCCUGUGCCACCCGAGGCCCAGGCAGCCGGAGGCAAGGAGUGCUCGGGCGCCCCUCCGCUCAAGAGGUUUUGCGCGGACCAGAGCGCCACCUGCCACACGGCCUCGGAGAGCUAGCUAGGCUUGCACUGCCCCCUCCCCUCCCCUCCCCUCGCCAGAUGCCUCCUCCAAGAGCCGCCCUGCUCCCCCGUUCCCGCAGACCCCCGCCCAAGCUGCCGGUCUGGCUGGAAGCUGCCCUCCCUUUUCCUCCGUGUCCUGGAUGUGCAAUGUCCUCCGAGAGUCGCCCUGCCGCUCCCUCCAGACGCCGGCUCCCCCCGCCAUUCUCCACGCGGCAGGGGCCAGCCCCCCAGCUUGGUACGCCUGGGGGUGGAAGGCUGCAGCUGCACUUGCAUGCCUUGUCGGAGAGACCCCCUCGGGAGCCCGGGGGGCUGCGGGGCAGGAGGCCGCCAUGGGAGCGGGGAGGGAGCAGCAGGGACAAGGCAGCCCUGUGGGAGGUCACUCAGGGCUUGAUGGGACCCUAACUGGGAUUCUGUGCAAUAAUUGUGGGGUCAAGCCAUUUGCCUCGGGGGGCCGGCGAGGCGCCUGCAGGCUUGGAAGGCCUCGGAAGCGACGGCUCAGCUGCCUCCGGCAGCCGAGGGCUCUCCCGCAGGAGGACGCAGGGAGGCCUCACCUCCAGAGGCCCCCCAGCAUCCUGCCUGCUCAGCCAGCCCCCUCCAGCCACCAGGGACGGGGCCUGCCCCCUCGAGCCCCGCGGCUGCCCACCUCCCCACCCUCUGGUCUCUGCAGACCCUCCUGCUCGCAAUCUGCAUGUGGAAUCGAGUUUGUGAUCGAGGCCCUGCUGUGGCGCAGCACACCGGCCACCCGGGGCAGCAAAGAGAUAUUUUCGCACUGAAGAGAAUAUUUUUUAAAAUUAAACUAUUUGAAAUAGA